AUGGCCACGCUGUACGCUCGACAGAGCCAGCUACGGGCCCACCUCCUCCACGGGCCCUUCUCCUCGACCCGAUUCUUCUCCCAGCAGUCGCAACACCGCCCGCGCUUCUCCUCCCGCUUGAGGCACGCCCUCAAGAACUCCAAGGUGCAGUGGUACCAGAUCCCCGUGGGGGUCGGUAUCGGCUUCCUGGGCCUCGUCCAGUUCUACAAGGUCUCGUCGCGCGACCGAGAGAGCCAGGAGAGGUCCGAGGUCCAGGAUGCGGCCCCCAAGAAGCGCGCAAAGAUCAGGCCAGACGGACCGUGGCAGGUCCAGGUCAUGUCUACUCUCCCCCUGAAGGCCAUCUCGAGACUCUGGGGUCGGUUCAACGAAUUGACUAUCCCCUACUACCUACGCAUUCCCGGUUUUAAGCUCUACUCAUGGGUUUUCGGUGUCAACUUGAACGAAGUCGCCGAGCCCGAUCUGCACGUAUACCCGAAUCUCGCCUCCUUCUUCUACCGUCAACUCAAGCCCGGUGCCCGACCCCUCGACCCGAACCCUCACGCGCUGCUCUCCCCGUCCGAUGGCAAGAUCCUGCAGUUCGGCCAGAUCCAGGGCGGUGACAUUGAGCAGGUCAAGGGCAUGACAUACAGCGUCGACGCGCUCCUCGGAAAGAACACUCCUACGUCCAGCAUCGCCAGCGGCUGGUCUACACCGCAGGAGGCCGAAGCCGCUAGGAUCACCGACAAGGACAUCUCACCCGACGAAGAAGUGGUCAAGACGGACGAGGAGUUCGCCCGCGUCAAUGGCAUCUCGUACACGGUUCCCAGCCUGUUCUCUGGCGCAGCAAUGGCCAAGAAGGCGGGCUCUCUCAAGGACGAAGCCGCGGGACCCCCGUCACCCUCUGCCGAGUCCGAAGUCCGCGCCGACCUCGCCCUGGGCGAGAAGCCGUGGUACGAUGUGAUCUCUCCCGAGAACAAGACCUCUCUCUACUACGCCGUCAUCUACCUCGCCCCCGGAGACUACCACCGCUUCCACUCCCCCACGAACUGGGUCGUCGAGCGCCGUCGCCACUUCGCCGGCGAGCUCUACAGCGUCUCGCCCUACCUCCAGCGCACCCUCCCCGGUCUCUUCACACUCAACGAGCGCGUCGUCCUCCUCGGCCGCUGGCGCUACGGUUUCUUCAGCUACGUCCCCGUCGGCGCCACCAACGUCGGCUCCAUCAAGAUCAACUUUGAUCGCGAGCUGCGCACCAACAGCCUGACCACCGACACGGCGGCCGACCGCGCCGCGGAGGAGGCUGCGCAGCGCGGCGAGCCGUACUCUGGCUUCGCCGAGGCCACCUACGCAUCAGCGAGCAGGGUUCUCGGCGGCCACGCGCUGCGCAGGGGAGAGGAGAUGGGUGGUUUCCAGCUCGGCAGCACGAUUGUGCUGGUGUUUGAGGCGCCUACGGAGAGCAAGACGGCGGAGGACCACACCGGCUGGAGAUGGGCCGUCGAAAAGGGCCAAACGGUCAAGAUGGGCCAGGCGUUGGGAUACAUUGACGAAGAAUAA